AUGAAAUUCAUUCCUUUGACUCACCACUAUCAAACUAUGGCUGUCAUUUAUGAAAAAUGUGCUGAUAUAUCAAAAUAGAUAGAUGCUCUUUCAUAAACAUCUAAACCUAAUGUUUUGAUUGAAAAUGAAGAUACAUAAUAGCAAGCUAAGAUUAUUCCUUAAGUUUAAGAAUAGGAAAUUAUAUAAAAAGAUAAAAAGCUUUUAGAUAGACAACUUUAAAAAUAGAUAGAAAACUUAUCAUUAGAUAAAUAAGAUUCAAAGAAAGAUUAGAGGAAAAAAUUUUAAAAAAGAAUAAAAUAGAAGAAGUUCGGAAAAACAAUCGCUAAAAAAUAGCUUAAAUAGAAAGUAUAAGUAACUUGUGAUCAUUGUGAUAAAGUGUUUGAAACAGAGAAGCUUUAUUAAAGACAUCAAUAUUAAUUGAUGUAUAGAAAAAAACUAUAGAAAAGAAAAUUGAUAAAACAAACAAAGGAUGUCAUUUAGAUUGAAGAAAAGGAAGUUAAGUAAAGUAAGAGAGGCAGAAAACCUAAAAAUGCUUAAAAAAAAAUUGAUUCAAUAGAAAUUUGCAUAUGA